AUGGGGGCGUCCCCACCGUCCCUGUCACUGCACCCCAGCGAGGAGGUGGCCCUGGGGGACACAGUCACGCUGCGGUGCCGUGUGCCCCGCUCGGAUGUCCGGGUCUCCUUUUACAAGGAGGGACAUGGGGUACCCCCAUGGCACACAGAUGAGGUGAAGGACACAGCCGAGUUCUCCGUGAAUGUGACACGGAAUUCCGCUGGGAGAUACACGUGUCGGUACGAGAUCCUGGCAUCACCCUGGUACUCGGACUUGAGCGACCCCGUGGAUCUGGUGGUGCUGGAUCCCGCCUACACCCCACCUACCAUGUCCCUGAGUCCCAAGGGACGCGUGGAGCCGGGCACGGAUGUCACCAUCUCGUGUCAGUCCUCAUAUGGGGUCAACUUCAUCCUGCACAAGGACGGGAGCGCCAUUCAGCGCCAGCAACUAAAGAGGGGACACACGGCCACCUUCAUCCUCCCGAGGGUGACCGAGGACAACGCUGGCACCUAUGGGUGCUCCUACCGUCCCCGAGAGAACCCCUUCAUCUCCUCGCACCCCAGGGCUGAGGUGACACUGGAGGUGGCAUCUGAGGGUUCCCUCCCUACUCAGUCAGUGCCACCGGGCACCCAGGAGCCCACCUGGACCUUGCCCGUGGUGGUGGGCUGCGUUGCCGUCCUCGUCAUCGGCCUCGGCCUCGUCUUCCUCGGUGUCGCCUGUUGUUGCAGGAGGCAGAACGGUGCCUCCCCUGAGGACCUCAGGCCACUGCAGCCCCCGCCCCAGGAGGACACCGAGGGCCUGACGUACGCGGAGCUACAGCCAAUGGCACCCGGUGUCCCCAGGGUCCCCGUCACCGCUGCCCCUUCUGUCCUCUACGCCGAGGUGGGCGGCCGGGAGCCGCGAUGA